AGGGGUUGGGCAAGGAGAGUAAUAGAGCCUUCUCCCUUAUGUGUAUUCUUCACUUUCUUGUGCUGUCAUCUUUUUAUUUGGCCUUAGGUCCCCCUAAUGGCCUAAGGAGUAAAGGACUGAGGGGUCUCUCUCUGGAUUCCGUAUGAAGGAUUGGUGGGCAUUCUUGUGUAGUAGUACCCCCAGGGGUGAUUAAUGGCUGUUUUGCCAGAUUUUCCGUAUGAUAGAGAUUUCUUGGAUUUUGAAUCUCUACCUGGUUACAGGGACUUAUCUGGGUCUUUCCCAGCUAUUUAGUUGGGGUUAUUCUCUUUCUGAUUCGUGUUGUAUAAAGUCAAAAUAAGGGAUACAUGUUAUUGUUUAUCUGUUAAUUUUCCUUUCUGACUGAAUGGUCGUUUUGUUGUGUUGACUGGGAUUUGCUAUUGUUUUUCUUUCUCUGUUUACUGUAUCUGGGUUUUACAUGUUAGUGGUGGUUAUGUUUCUUCUGGGGCUGUGCAGAUUCUCUAACGAGCAUUGCAAAGGAUAUUUGGAACUGUCAGUGCACUUAAGUUAUGGUUGAGCAGAGUCGAGAGGAUGGUGUGGGUGGUAGGAGGGAGUCGGCAGUGGUCUCCCCUUCCUCUAGAUGCUAUGAGAGUCCAUUGUCCGCAAGUGAAGCGCCAGCAAACUUCAGUCCUUAUCCUUCAGCUCUUGCAAAGUAUCAGGAUGUUGCAGCUAAUCGGCAGCUUUUCAUGGAUACCCUGGAGAAGCUUCAUGCUACUAUGGGAACUAAGUUCAUGAUCCCUAUUAUAGGGGGAAAGGAGCUAGACUUGCAUCGACUCUUUGUGGAGGUGACUUCAAGAGGCGGGAUUGAGAAGAUCAUUAGAGAGAGAAGAUGGAAGGAUGUAACCGCUGUUUUCAACUUUCCAUCUACAGCUACAAAUGCAUCUUUUGUCCUGCGCAAGUAUUAUGUUUCAUUGCUUCAUCACUAUGAGCAAAUCUAUUUAUUUCAAGCCAAGGGUUGGAUUCCUCCUGCUGCUCCUGUGCAGAAUUCAUCUCUCAUACCAGUUCCAGCUCAAGGCUUGGUUCAACCGGUAAUGCCGGCAUCAGAAUCACAAGCAUCUGCAACUCAUAAGCGGAGGAAAAGUACUGGGGAGUUCUUGCCUGCAGCAAGUCCACCAAGCUCAAUGGUUUGCCCUGUGGUUGGGGUGAUAGAUGGGAAAUUCGAGCAUGGCUAUCUUGUUACUGUUACAGUUGGCAUGCAGAAGUUAAAAGGUGUUCUAUACCACACUACGGACCACCCAGAUGGCCAGAUGCCACAGUACUCUAGCUUAUUUGAGAACAAUACUGCCAAGGAAAGUGUAGUUCCGUGCCGUCGGCGUCGGCGGAAGAAAUCUGAGUUGAGAAAGCGAGACCCUGCCCAUCCUAAGCCUAACCGAAGUGGCUACAAUUUCUUCUUUGCUGAGCAGCAUGCCAGACUCAAACCACUCCACCCAGGGAAGGAUAGAGAAAUCAGCAAAAUGAUUGGCGAUCUAUGGAACAAACUGACAGAGACUGAGAAAUCUGUUUAUCAGGAGCAAGGCAUUAAGGAUAAAGAGAGGUACAGAAGUGAGAUGGAGGUAUACAGGGAAAGACUCAGGACAGGCAAAACUAUCAAUAACAUAGUUCCUAUUCCACAUACGUGUGCUGUACCCAAGGUAAUGAUGGAGGAAGAUGUGAAAACAGGAGCUGAAGAAGGUAAUUCUUUUCAUACUCAAGAGAGUGAUAGUAGUUCUGCAGAAAUUGAUUCAGAGGAGGAAAAAUCUGCAAACAAGGAAUUGGAAAUGGAAGCAUCUCCAACAGAAGAAAAUGUUUCUGAAUCUGGUACUGCAGACCCAGGGACAUUAGCUGAGGAUGAUGGUUGAGUUGCAAAUGGAUCAAAAUGAUGGGGAUGAUAAUCAGGUACAGGAGGAUCAGAAGGAUUAAUAUCAGAAUAAGGUGCAGAAGAGGACUCAGAAUGAUGGUGGUGAUAAUAUGGUUCAAAAAGUGGAACAGAAAGAUGGAGAUGAUGAUCAGGUUGAGGGAUCAAGCUUGCCCUUGAUGAUAGAAAAGGAAAUAGUAAUCAGUGAGGAGCCUUAGUUUUAACAAGAACUGGUACUCUAUAAAGGAUUUUCAUACCAUGCAUAGUUAUUUCUUUAAAGAAAACUCAAGUUGUAGGCAUGAUAGCUUUUUUUUUUCAUCUUUUGGUUUUGUUUUUUGAAGUUGUAUUUUUUAUUUGUAAGUUAGGCGUAGGACUGCUAUAGUUACAAAUGCUUUCUUUCCUAGGAAGAAAGAGCUCAUUGUUUUGGUUGAUUUUGGACUGUUAUAAUUGAAAGAGAGUUUAAUGCAUUGGUUAAGAUUUGCACA